CUUCAAAAAUCUCUGCUUUCACUAGCCAGAAGCCCUGGACACCACCUAAAAGAGCUGGAACCUUUACUUAGGUUCUGCGGUCAUGGAUGAACCUGAAGGGGCGGCAGCAGCCAAGAAUAGUGAGGAAACCCUUAUGGUGAAUAUGGAUCGAGCUGAAGAUGAAAGCGAUGUUAUGUUUGAGGUGAAGGGCUCUGAAGUGUUUGUUGAUGGGGACAGCCUGAAUAAGGCGGAUUCUGAGUUUAGAAGUGGAGAUUUGGAUGGUGGAAGCAAUUUAAUGGCAAAAGAUGACAAUGGAAAGGAAAUUUAAAGGUGGAGUUGAGGAUGAUGUUUCGGGGGCAGCCUGAGAUGUUGAUUUAGUAUCUACGUCUGCUGAGCCAGAUGAUCUAGUAGCGAAUUGUGGGGGGAUUGACUCUGUGAAUGGAGACUCAAAGAGUUCAGAACUCAGAAGAAGAACUUACUACUGAGAAGAUGCUGUGUCCAUUCCCGGAAGAGAGGAGAAAUGUUGUUUAAAUGGUGAAGAAGCUUCACAUGGCUUCUGUGCAAAUGCUGCUGGGGUUUCAUCAUCUUCAGAGGAAAAACAAGAUAGUCCUUCGGGAUCAACGAAUUAUCGACAGAGUCAUUGCAAAGGGGCUACUUUGAUUCCAAAAAAUGAGGAGACUAGCU